AUGCCUGAGGUUAAGCGCACUGUCCGUCUUGUCACGGAGCAGCAUAUCAUUGACAAGCCUUCCGAGGUUGAGGGUUUCCCUCAGCGUUCAUGGUCGAUCGAGGUGUACGUUGUCAACGACAAGGGAGAGCAAAUUCCCGCCAGCCUCUUCGACAAGGUCACAUACCACCUCCACCCAAGUUUCGGCUCCCGCGCUGUACAAACUUUCAAGAACCCACCUUUCCGUAUUCAGGAAGAGGGAUGGGGUGAGUUUGACAUGCAGAUUGAGCUCACCGCCGAUAAAUCCCACUUCGUCAACCAUGACCUCAACUUCCUGCAAGAGCGAUACGAGUCCAAGCACGUCAUCACUUUCAAGAACCCCAAGCCUGCUUUCUUAGCCACUCUGCGUGAAUCGGGCUCUGUCCCGGGUGAUGAGAAUGGAUUGAAAAAGCGUAGCGCAGCUGGUGAGGAGAGUGCUAAGAAGAAGAAGCGCACUGAUAAGAACGUGGACAUGGAUAAGCUUGCAGAGGGACUCCAGAAACUCGGCGAGGAUGACCUGUUGCAGGUCGUGCAGAUGGUGCACGACAACAAGUCAGCAGAUUCGUACACAAAGAAUGACGUCGACAUGGGCGAGUUCCACGUGGACCUGUACACGCUCCCGGAUACUUUGAUCAAGAUGCUCUGGGAUUUCACGUCGGAGCGUGGGGCUAUGUAA